CUGCUCAGCGCGGGGGUCCUUCGAUGAUGACGUAAGCGCUGCUGAUUUGGAGGAUGAUGUUUUGAGCUAAACUUUUGUCGCAGCCUUUUCGCUUUUCUUCGUUUAUUUCACAUGAUUUUUCACAAAUGCGGAGCCCGUACUACAAGCCGCACAAUGGCACCCACUGCACGUACACCAAACUGAAAGCAGCCUCCUCGUCCUCCGGCCCCUCCCCUCUGGCCGCGAUGCCUCAGAAGCCGCAGAAGCCGGCUCAGACCACCCACUACAUCGAGCUGGGCGGGUACCAGUACUGGCCCGUGCUGGUGCCCCGGGGCAUCCGGCUCUACACGUACGAGCAGAUCCCAGUGUUUUUGAGGGACAACCCCUACAUCACCGACGGCUACAGGGCCUACCUGCCCUCGCGCCUCUGCAUCAAGAGUCUGUUCAUGGUGUCCAACGAGUCCGUGAACAUGUGGAGUCAUCUGUUGGGCUUCCUGCUCUUCUUCUGCCUCGGCGUCUACAACAUGGCGUCGGUGCUGCCCUCUGUCGGCGCCUCCAGGGAGGACUACGUCAUCUACUCCGUCACCCUCUUCUGCUUUCAGUUGUGCAUGCUGUGCUCGGUGGGCUUCCACGUCUUCUGCUGCCAUCGCUCGGAGAAGACCAGUCGGCGCUGGAUGGCCCUGGACUACGCCGGUCUGUCCAUCGGGAUCCUGGGCUGUUACGUUCCCGGGGUCUUCUACACUUUCUACUGCAACAACUACUGGAGGCAGGUGUACCUGGUGGCCGUCCUGGCCAUGAUCCUGGCCGUGUUCUUCGCUCAGAUUCAUCCCGUGUCUCUGGGGAAACAGUGGAAGCAGAUGCGCUCGCUGCUCUUCUGUCUGGUCGGGGGUUACGGCCUGGUGCCCACGGCUCACUGGGUCUGGCUCUCCGGGGGCUUCAGCUCCGAGCUCGUCCAGGCGUUUGUCCCUCGGGUGUUGGGGAUGUACGUCCUCGCUGCUCUCGCUCUGGUUUUCUACGUCUCCAAAGUCCCAGAGAGAUACUUCCCAGGUCAGCUGAACUACGUGGGCUCGAGUCACCAGCUGUGGCACAUCCUCCUGGUCCUCAUGUUCUACUGGUGGCACCAGUCGUCCGGGUUCAUCAUGGCUCACAGACACAGCCAGACCUGCCCCGAGCCCAGCGCCCCGGGGUAAAACCAGGACCAGGGAGCAGAGGAGGAGCGCUCCAGGUGCAGAGGAGGAGCGCUGCAGUUGGAUUGGACGCUGCAGGGUCAGAGGAGGUCGCUGGACUUCCACAGAGCGAGAUCUCUCACUUCUACACUUCUGACCGGACCUAAAGACUCUUCCAAACACGACGCUAAAUGUAUUUCCAAGUGCGAAACUCCAAAAUAAGGUUCAUAAAGCGGAUAAAACGGCAAAGGCGAGAGCUUCAAAAGACUUUCUGAAAGUGCCUCCGAAUCAAAGAUAAUCGAGUUUUUAAAAGUUUUCCAAAACUUCGUGUACACUAAUUUCGGAUUUGUUUAAAUUUCUAGUCUUAAAAAUCGCGUGGGUGUUUUUUUUUAAGCCAAAUGUAGCUUUGAAUUGAACAACUUUUGUCCCAAUACUGACAAAUGUUCAGUCAAAAUCGCUUUGUAAUGGAUUUACAAAGUAUUUACAAGUAUUUUUAGCAGAAUUUGAAAGUUUUUGGAGCGUACAAGUGCCUGUGAAUCUGAAUGACAAAAAUGCAAAAAGUAGUUUCAUUUUCCCUCUGCAAAAACUUAAAGGGCCCAUGUUACGAUAUUUUUUUUUAUUUAUGUUCUAAUGUCGUUUUUUCAUCGCAAACAGACCUGGAGUUGUGUUUUUUUGUUUCAUUUUCACAUAUUUAACCCACAAAUCCUGAAUAUUUAGGCUUGGUUCUUCUCUCAAACUGAAAAAAAAACCCACUGUUCCACCUUGUGAUGUCAUCAUGUGGUGAUACAAGAAGCGCUCCACGGUGUUUUUAAACUCCAAACACCUUCACUAGAAUCGUUUUUGGGAUUUUUUCAGCUCUAUUCAAGUUUACCGAAAAACUAGGGGUGUAAAAAAAACAAAAUAUCGUGAUAUCGUAUCGUCAGAAGUUCUCACAAUAAUAUCAUGGACCGUCACAAUAUAUCGUAUCUAGGAGUGUAACGAUAUCCAAGUCUCACGAUACGAUAUCGUCACGGUAUGAACCUCACGGCACGAUAUUUAUUGCGAUAUAGCGUGGGAAAGUUCACGAUUAGAGAUGUAACGAUAUCCAAAUCUCUGUGUACAAUAUUUUCACGAUAAACAUCUCACAGUACAAUAUUUAUUGUGAUAUUUUGUGUACAAAACUGUGAAUAUGCGACUUUUUCCUCUUAAAAUGCCUCGAUAAGACUGAAUCCAAAGAGUUAAAAGUGUUAGAACUGUUAUUUCU